ACUUGAGGGGUGAAAACUGUAAUUUUCCCAUUUUUUACGGAGGUCAUCACUCGUCCCCUACAAACUCCUCCGGCGAUCUGCAAAACAAUCACACAACAGAAAAAGCUCUCAGCUACGUUUUAUUCUUCAUCACAUAUUCAUUGAUCUUAAUCCUCAACAGUUAGUUAACCCUAACCCACUCAAUUGUGUCCACCGCUAUUCAAGAUCCGAUUUUUCCCCAAAAUCCCCAAAAGAUAACCCAUGUCGAAUCCACACCCGUACCCGACCCUGAAAGCGGUGACCCUGACCCACGUUCGGUACCAAAGGGGAGAUCAGCUGGGCCAUUUCCUGGCAUGGGUUUCUCUGGUCCCAAUCUUCAUCAGCCUCGGCGGCUUCUUCUCCCACUUCAUCUUCCGCCGCGAGCUACAGGGCAUGUUCUUCGCGAUCGGGCUUCUGAUCUCGCAGUUCAUCAACGAAGUAAUCAAGACAUCCGUCCAGCAGGCCCGGCCCGAAACGUGCGCCAUGCUGGAGAUGUGCGAUUCUCACGGCUGGCCCUCCAGCCACUCUCAGUACAUGUUCUUCUUCGCCGUCUACCUAACGCUGCUGACCUAUCACAGAAUUGGGGCUUUGUUCCGGAAACAGAUGUGGAUUGUGGGCUUUGUGGUGUGGCCCAUGGCGAUUUUGACUAUGUAUUCGAGGGUUUAUUUGGGGUACCAUUCGGUGGUGCAGGUGUUUGCUGGGGCGGCUCUGGGGGCGGUGUUGGGCGGUGGGUGGUUUUGGGUGGUGAACAAUUUGAUGUGGUGUCGUUUUAGGGCGAUUGAGGAGAGUGCUUUUGGGAGGUUUUUCUACGUUAAGGAUACUUCCCAUAUCCCGAACGUGUUGAAAUUCGAGUACGAGAAUGCAAGGGCUGCGAGGAAACACGUUUCUUACAGGCGGGCCGAUUGAUGGAUUCACUAUUCGGAGGACCAGUAAAACGGAAACACUCUUAGGAAGAAGUAUAGCAGCUUUAUGGUUAGAAUGUCGUCAUAGCAGUUAGUUUAAGCAGCGGUGGAGGCGACAUUGUUACUCUGUUUCGACUUUUGAGACACAGUUUACACACACUUACGGUUCCUAUAUAUGUUGGUUCUGUUAAAUGUAGACUAUUUUCAUGUUGAAUUAUAUGUAUUAGAAACAUAUUUGAAUUCCCAGGUGUUGUUCUCUGUUUAAACUUUAAAUUCAAUUACAUUUACUCGAUAUAUUCAAUG